AUGGAGGGCCUCCUCGACAAGCCCCUGAACCCGAACAAGCUUCUUAAGGAGCAAUUCGUGAGCAACCUGACGGGGUCGUCCCUGCUGGAGAUCGCGGCGCUCUCCACUAUCGUGCCGGCAGUGGUGGUUUUAAGGAAAUGGAGCAGCAGAGAUAAUAUUAGGAGGGAUUCAGUGAAGAAAAAUGAUGAUGCUCUUGCUGGUCAUAAAGAUGGAGUGUAUUACUUUUCAGCGUUGGUUAUAGAUUUUCUCACUGUUGUAUUGCCUAUACUUCUGAUUUUCACGAUCUUAGCUGAAUGGGCUUAUAUUUGUGCAAUUUCUCUUGUAGCUGUGAUAUCUAUCUACAUCUUGUUUAAAAGGUCUCAGUCUCAUCUCAAGGCUCAACAGCAUCUGCCUUCUCUUAGGGCAGACAUAUCUUCUUACCGAGUGUCAGUGGUUUUAGUGACAUGCGUGUCCAUAUUGGCAGUGGAUUUCAAAAUCUUUCCUAGACGGUAUGCAAAGGCUGAAACAUAUGGUAGUGGCAUUAUGGAUCUCGGAGUAGGGUCUUUUGUAGUGGCUAAUGCACUAGUGUCUAGACAAGCACGAAACAUAACCUCAUUGAGAUGGAAGGCAGCACUGAAGUCCAUAAGUCCUCUAGUAUUUCUUGGCUUUGCUCGUCUUAUCUCUACAUCAGGUGUUGAUUAUCAGGUACAUGUAGGAGAAUAUGGUGUCCAUUGGAACUUCUUUUUCACCCUUGCAGCAGUUUCUAUCCUUACAUCCAUUAUCAGGAUUCAUCCUAAAUAUUGCGGGACAGUUGGUAUGCUUGUUCUUGCAGGAUACCAGGUAUGGCUAAAUUUUGGGUUGAAUAAGUAUCUCACAUCUGAUGAGAGAAGUGGUGAUAUCAUUGGCCAGAAUAAGGAAGGCGUGUAUAGCAUAUUUGGAUACUGGGGUAUGUACCUGAUUGGUGUAUCUCUGGGUUACUUUUUGUUUCAUGACCUUAGUUCAAAAGGAAAGAUUAGGAGCACUCAAGUGGUAAAAGUAUGGGUUCUCGCAGCAUCAUUUUGGAUUUUGGCAAUCAUUCUUGACAGCUAUGUUGAAAGAGUCUCUCGACGAAUGUGCAACUUCGCCUAUGUUAUGCUUGUGUUUGGCCAGAAUUUUCAGGUUAUAUCUAUUCUCACACUAGCGGGGUCCAUUUCACAUGACAAGAAUUUGGUUCUUGAGGAAGCAUUCAAUCAAAAUAUGCUUGGCGCAUUCCUUGUGGCAAAUAUCCUAACUGGUCUAGUAAAUCUCUCAGUUGACACGCUUUCGGCCUCUCCCCUCGCUGCCUUCAUGAUUUUGCUUUGUUGUACAGAAUUCUUGAACAGAAGGCCCACUGUGCUCUAUUAUCAACCACUUUACUACAAGAGAUACUACAUUACAUGUCAGAUGCCAACAUAUCCUGACUUAAGCAAUAGCUUGAGCACCAUGCAGCUCCCAUCGUCAUCUGACGGCGACAUCUUGGCUGGCUGA